AUGGUAUAUAGGGGUCAGUUUGGGAGAUUUGUUGGUAGUGGGUCGAGUCAGCCUACUUCUAGCUCUGCAGAGGCAUGGUUAGUGCAGGAACCGAUGCCGGGUGGGCCUGAGGAUGGGUCAGUUAUCCCUAGUUUUGGCGGUCACGUGGCACGGUAUAUCUGGAUAGAGCAGGAGCGUAGUGUUUUGCGAUGUUUGAGUAGGACAAAGUUAUGUUCAGACUUGUUCACUUGGCGAGGUCGUCAAUCUGUGGAGGACAUUGCGGCGAUUGAUGCUAGUUGGUGGUCUCACUUGCCCGGCCUGAUGUUUAAGAGACUUGAUUGGCCGUUGAUUUCUGCUUUUGUUGAGAGGUGGCAGCCAGAUACGAACACCUUUCACAUGCCAUUUGGGGAGAUUACGAUCUUGCUGCACGACGUGUACAACAUACUUGGGUUACGGGUUGCAGGCAAUAUGGUGUCCACUACUCCUAGCACGGACGUGUUACGGGACGCGUGCUCGGUCACCAUGGAUAUGACUCUAGAUGAUCUGUUUGAGAUUUGCGGCACAAAGACCAUUUGGCAGGGUAGUGGGGUGUUGACUGAUAAGAUUUUUGAGUCGACAUUGGCGGUUGACCGGGAUUUUAGUGAGCAGCUUGAUGCAUACUUGUGGUUAGUGCUUGGAGGUACACUGUUUGUAGACAAGAGUGGUAACCGUACGCAUCCUUCCUUCCUCCAUGAGCUAUGUCACACGGAUUUCCCUAUUAACGAGUAUGCUUGGGGAACAGCUGCAUUGGCCUACUUGUAUCGGCAAUUGGGCACGGCAUCACGGAAAGGUGCUGAUUCGAUUGCUGGUUGUCUCACGCUUCUGCAAGCGUGGAUUUACGAGUACUUUCCGUGCUUUCGGCCACAGCAGGGUACCUUGACCCGGGACCUUCAAAUGCCUCGUGUGUCUGCUUAG